AAAUCUCCCCCGAGCAAUCAUGAUCUCCAUGCCUACUGUCACAAUUAUUUACUUCCUUGCCAAUGUGGCAUACUUCUCUGUCCUGACCCGGACUGAGGUUCUCUCGUCGAAUGCCGUGGCUGUGUCCUUUGGCAACCGUAUGUUGGGCGUGAUGAACUGGACCAUGCCCUUCUUUGUGGCGUGUUCCACCUUUGGUAGUCUCAAUGGAGGGAUCUUUGCCUCAUCUCGCCUCUUUUUUGUUGGUGCUCGCGAGGGCCAUCUACCUCAGGUUCUCUCCCUCAUCAACAUCAAUAAUUUCACACCUGUACCUUCACUCGUCUUCCUGGGCUUCAUGACUGUAUUCAUGUUAAUCACAUCAGAUAUGCAUAUACUGAUCAAUUACAUCUCAUUCAGCGAGUCCCUGUUUAUAUUAAUGUCCAUAGCAGCCCUCCUUUGGCUGCGGUAUAAGGAGCCCAAUCGUCACCGACCCAUUAAGGUUUGGUUGGGAUUCCCCAUCUUGUUCUUCGUCAUCUGCCUUUUCCUUGUGGUCUUACCUAUCAUUCAGCGACCCAUCGAGUUAGGCGUUGCUAUUGGUGUCAUUAUAAUUGGCAUUCCAGUCUACUAUUUUGCCAUAUACCGAGAAGACAAACCAAAAUGGUUUAUCAGAUUUACAGAGAAAGUGACAUUUACGACCCAAAUACUGUGUGCUGGUGUACCUGAGGAAAAGGACAAGUAAAAGUGAAUCAGCGCUUCCCUGUCGUGAAUUAAUUUAGCUUCCAGUCCUCCACAUUUCUUGAUAAUUACCGCCUCUUCUUUCACUGUGCCUUUCCCAUCCAUAAGAGUUUAGGGUUUUCUUAAUUUUGCUUAUGUGAAAUAGCAGAAAUUUAUUUUCAGAAAUGUAAAGUUCUGAUACCCUCUUGUUAUUCUAAAGAUACAGUUGUAUUUGUUUUACAUUUGGAGAAUACUGAUGCACAAAUUUUGUUUUUGUUACAUAUUUAAAGGAGCUAUCUGAUCUGUUAAAAAUCUGUUUAUUUACAUGAAACAUAUAAUACACACAGGCACAAACAAGCCAAAGUAUUGUGAUAAAAGCCAAAAGGUUAUUGCAAGGGAGAGAGAGAGAAAAAAAAAACAUUAAGAAUGAAUGUAGAUGACAGAAGUACUACACUUUUUUUUCUCUUUUUCAAGAAUUCCUCAAAGAAGUUUAACUCAGUUACCUAGUCAUUAUGAAGUUUGUGGAGAUUAUGUCUUAAGCCUAUAGCAAACCCAUUUUUUUCAUGAAUUAGGCAUGGAUUUUAGAAGAUCUUGGAAGUUUUCAAGAACAAUAUUAUUUCUCAUUUAUCUCGCCAAUUGUGGUUUGGCAUUGCCAUCCAUUAUUAUGCUUACAGUAAUUGUAAAGGUAUGUAUGCUGACUAUUUUUUUCCUUUUGUUUUCCAUUCUAAAUCAUUCAUGUUAACCUAUUUUUCUGUGUGGGUUCAUGCAUUCUGUCCUUUUAUGUUAUGGUUAUCGGUAUCACUUACGGUAUCAGUGUCAUUCAGAAGACUUAAGUUAUUGUGUUCGUAAUUUAUGUAUUCAGUAUUUCAACAUUUAUGAUUUGCACAAUAUACCACUACCUACACUUUGGAAAUCAAGAACACCUCUGCUUUCGGAAUAUUGGAAUGCUGCUUCCUUACAUUUGUCAUAUUUGUGAGAUGCUGGUAUGGCAAAUGAAAUAUUUUUGUUGCCUGGUUUUAUUUGUUAAGUUGCAUUCAUUUAUUCACAGUAUUUUUUCCUUAACUUUUUACAGAUUGAUUUUGUUGUUGUUGAAUUAUGAGCGCUGUAUUAUUUUCUUUGAAUUUCAGUACUGAUUGUUUCAGUAAAGUGACUGUCAUUAUUCCAAAUAUUUAACAGGUGAUUUUAACAGAAUAAUGUUCUGUUAUUCCACACACUAUGUAUCAUUGAAAUAGCAAGUUGAUUAAUUAAAUUAAACUUUCUUUUUGUAAAUGCUUUUCCAACAAACCUACAUUGUCUUUCAGAGCUUCCCCUGGCUAUAGUUAUUAGUGUAGGAAUCGUCCUCUUCCUUAUGAUAAUGGAGAAAAUUUACUUGAAUGUGCUUCCGCCAGAACCCAGGCCUGUUUCUUAGUUACACAGUAUAAGUAUGACUACAGCUGAGUGUAAUCAAAUACAUAAUCACAUGAUCAUGGACAAUAAGUUUCCAUUCCAUCUUUUGCAUCCCCUUUUUUAUGUUCAUGUUCCUGCACUACUUUCACUAUAUAUUUUGUUCUCUCCUCCCCCCCCUUUCCACCUCCCCCUUCCCUUUCCCAUUUCUGCCUAUUCCUUCCCUUCCCUUCCCUUCCCACAACUUCCCUUUCCUUACCUUCCCCUUCCCCUUUCUAUCUUUCCCUUCUUUUCCCUUCCCUUCCCUUCCAAUCCCUUCCAAUCCCUUCUCUUCCCUUUCCACAGCUUCCCACAACUUCUCUUUCCUUACCUUUCCCAUCCCUUUCUAUCUUUCCCUUCUCUUCCCUUCCCUUCCCUUCCCUUCCCUUCCCUUCCCUUCCCUUCCCUUCCC